GAGGGCGCACCGGGUUGUCAGUCCGCUCGUCUGUUUGGUCGGAGGUCGCCCGGUUGCGCGCAGCGGGGAUCCGGGGAGUGGAAAUUCCGCUUGUUACUUUCCCGGCUCGACUCGUAUUUCUGAACAUUUCUGCUGUGACGGUCGGUCAGUCGCUGCCGUGAGAGAGAGAGAGAGAGAGAGGGAGGGAGAGAGGGAGGGAGGGAGAGAGAGCUGAAACAAGGAGCGCAGAUCUUGGAGAGCAGCGCUCAGAUGUCCGUUGGAUCAGAAUAGCGCUCAACCACAGAUUUCUCCUCCUCAGCGGGAAACAUUCUCCCCUCGGAAGUACGACCACCGGGACGCACAGCGGACACUUCUGGCCGACGGAUUUUUUUUCUUCUUGUUUUUAGCUUUUGGAUUAUUCUCCCUUUCCCUUCAUUCCGGGGGAGGGCGAGUUGUCGCCCCCCGGCACCACCGGGGAUCUCGCGCUGAAGCCCGCAGGAUGCCGGGGACCCUACGACGAGCACAUCUCACACUUUGAGACUAUUGUCUUUUCUCUUUCUGGACGUAACCCCCCCUCACACACACAGGAGUUUUUUUUUUUUUUUUUUUUUGCUUUGGUCUUUCUCUUGUUUUACACAAUGUGCGCGUUGGACAAUGUGAGGAUGCGGAGCGGGUUGCUGUUGUUCCUCCUCUCCCGAGUCACCCUGGUGGCUCCGUUGGCUCAGACCGGUCAAUGCGGGGGGAACAUCGAGAUACACGCCGCGGACUACCUGACGUCCCCGGGCUACCCGGGCGCCUACCCGCCCUCCCAGCAGUGCGUGUGGGUCAUAACGGCCCCCGAGCCUGGUCAGAAGAUCCUCAUCAACUUCAAUCCGCAUUUUGAUCUGGAGGACAGAGACUGCAAGUACGACUACGUGGAGGUGUACAACGGCGGGGACGAGCUCUCGUCCAUGUUGGGGAAGUUCUGCGGGAAGAUCGCUCCGUCGCCGAUCAUCUCCAGCGGCAGCGAGUUGCUCAUCAAGUUCUUCUCCGACUACGAGACGCACGGGGCCGGAUUCUCCGUUCGCUACGAAGUCUUCAAGACAGGUCCGGAAUGUUCCCGGAACUUCACGGCUCCCAGGGGCGUCGUCAAGACGCCGGGCUUCCCCGAGAAGUACCCCAACAACCUGGACUGCACCUUCAUGAUCUUCGCCCCCAAGAUGUACGAGAUCGUGGUGGAGUUCGACAGCUUCGACAUGGAGCCGGACACCACGCCGCCACCGGGCGCCCUCUGCCGAUACGACUGGCUGGAGAUCUGGGACGGCUUCCCCGCAGUGGGUCCCCACAUCGGCCGGUACUGUGGGCCGACGUCUCCGGGCCGCGUGGUCUCCUACACCGGCAUCCUGUCCAUGACCAUCACCACCGACAACGCCAUCGCCAAAGAGGGCUUCUCCGCCAACUACACCAUCCGGGAGAGGAGCCUCCCGGGGCACGAAGACGAGGACUUUGCGUGCAUGGAGCCACUGGGAAUGGAGUCGGGGGAGAUUUCCUCGGAGCGGAUCAGCGCCUCGUCCCAGUACAACUCCAACUGGUCCCCCGAGCGCUCGCGUCUCAACUACCAGGAGAACGGCUGGACGCCCUCGGACGACACCGUCAGGGAGUGGAUUCAGGUGGAUUUGGGAUUCCUCCGGUUCGUCACCGCCAUCGGGACGCAGGGAGCCAUCUCCAAAGAGACCAAGAAGCAGUACUACGUCCGCUCGUACAAAGUGGACCUGAGCUCCAACGGGGAGGACUGGGUCACGGUGAAGGAGGGCAACAAGCAGAAGAUCUUCCAGGGAAACCUCAACCCGACGGAGGAGGUCCGCUCCCUUCUCCCCAAACCGACUCUGGCUCGCCACAUCCGCGUCCGCCCCAUGUCCUGGGAGCAAGGCAUCUGCAUGCGCUUUGAGGUCUACGGCUGCAGGACGUCAGACUACCCCUGCUCGGGGAUGCUGGGGAUGGUCUCCGGUCAGAUCUCGGAUGCUCAGAUCGGCGCCUCGUCGUACGCCGACCGGGGCUGGGUGGCGGAAAACGCCCGCUUGCUGACGGGCAGGUCGGGCUGGACCGGCCAGCAGACCAAGCAGCCCUUCAGGAACGAGUGGCAGCAGGUGGAUCUGGGCCAGGACAAGAUGGUGAGCGGCGUGGUGAUCCAGGGGGGGAAACACCGCGACAGGAACGUCUUCAUGAAGAGGUUCAAGGUGGGACACAGCCUGGACGGAGACGAGUGGACCGUCGUCAAGGAGGACAACACCACCAAGCCCAAGGUAUUCCUCGGGAACCAGAACCACGACACCCCAGAGCUGAGGACGUUGGGCCCCCUCCUGACCGGCUUCGUCAGGAUCUACCCGGAGAGCGCCACCAACGAGGCCCUGGGCCUCCGUCGGGAGCUGCUGGGCUGCGAACUGGACGACAUCACAACCACGGCUCCUCCCACCACGGCCAUCGCCUCCACGCUUCCCAUGACCACGUUCGGGGCGACCACCACGGCGCCGACCACCGUCCCCGGGACGACGGCCUCGGGCUGCGAGGAGGGACAGAGGGACUGCGGCGGCGAGACCGAGGCCCCCGAUGACUACGACGUGGCGACGGCAGAAGGCGCCACGGAGGCCGGUCCUUUCAUGGACAUACCAGCCUACAUGUGGUUCGCCUGCAACUUCGACUACGCGUCAUUCUGCGCCUGGACCAGGGAGACCGGGGUGGGGGCCGAGUGGCUCAUCCAGACCAACGGGGCCAGCUCGGUCCACCGGGGGCCGGUCCUGGACCACACGGGCAAACCGGGGUACUUCAUCUACAUGCAGCAGGGGGGCGCGGACGCACCGAGCGCACCCGAGGCCGAGGGGGACGAGGAGAAGGUGGCCAGCCUGGCCAGCCUGCCCAUCACGGAGCAGGACGCCGUCCUCUGCAUGUCCUUCUGGUACCACAUGUUCGGCGAGCAUGCAGGGGCGCUCCACAUCAAGCAGAGGAUGGAGGCCGAGGCGGGGCAGAUCCUGUGGAUGGUCAGCGGGCACCAGGGCAGCCGCUGGAGGGAGGGACGGGUCCGGCUGCCGCGCUCCGGCGCCUCAUACCAGGUGGUCGUGGAAGGCGUCGCAGACAGCCGCAGUACGGGUCACAUAGCCGUGGACAACAUCCAGAUCAUAGAUGGACUCUCCCCUGAGGACUGCAAGGAUCCAGAAGCUCCUACGUCUCCCCCAAACGAGAUCUUCAUCCUGCCGAUGGACUCCCUCCCCCAGGACUCCGGCGAGCUGGGCGGCCCGGGCAACAUGCUGAAGACCCUGGACCCCAUCCUCAUCACCAUCAUCGCCAUGUCCGCGCUGGGCGUCUUCCUGGGCGCCAUCUGCGGCGUGGUCCUGUACUGCGCCUGCUCGCAGGGCAGCAUGACGGACAGGAACUUGUCCGCGCUGGAGAACUAUAACUUUGAGCUGGUGGACGGCGUGAAGCUAAAGAAGGACAAGAUGAACGGACAGAAUAACUACUCGGAGGCGUGAGGGUCGUUGGGGUCGGGGAGCCAAUGUCAUUUUUUCUUUUCUCAGGAGCAGCAGUGGAGGGGACUGACCUGCAGGGGGCACUGUGUAUAAAGAACCUGUACAGCGGAGGGGAAAACUGAACAAAAAAAGAAGAAAUCUAAGGAUUCUAUUUGUUUUUCGGCGUGCUUCGUAGAGUUCAUGUAAUCACAUGCUGGUGUUGAGACCAAUUCAGAUGAAAGUUUGUGUACUUUUAAUGGAAAGAUCGUCUUUUUUUUUUUUGAGUAUGUGGAAUUUGCAGUUGGGAUUUUUCGUUUGGUGCGUGAAAGUGUGUUUGUACGUGUGUCGCUUUCAUUUACAUCCGCGUCCAAGGUGCGCAUGGGUCACUCAGUCAGGCAGCGGCCGUUGUACGUGUGCAUCAAACUCGGGUUCAUGUGUGUGUGUGUGUGUGUGUGUGUGUGUGUGUGACCCGCUGACCCGUGUCUAGUUCCGACAGUGCCUUUUUAUUUUAUUCUUUUUCUGUUGCCUUGGUUUUCUGCUGGUUGUUCUCUCACCGUCCGGGGUUCCUCCUCACGCAGGAGCUCCGAAGGCCUCAUGUUCACGGCACAUGACACAUCCGACAUAUUGUACAUAGCUUUUAAUAUAUUUGAGCGCCCUUUUCUACAUAGAAAGAAAGACAUAAGUGCCGCAGUAUCCUUUCUCUGAAUCAAACUCUCUCUAAAGUGUGCAGAAAGCAUUCCUUUCAACACGAUGAGACCCGCACCCGUUUCUUUGCGUUUCUUCUCGACCUGGCUGCGAUUUUGUGGGCUUUUGAGAUUAUGGAGAGACGCCUCGCCGGAGGAGCUGUUUCUGUACAGGGUAAAAACGGAGCACCUCAGAACCACCACGGCGACGACACACAAAGGGACUGUUGGACAUUUUACCUGAAGUGUGUCAGGAGAGACGAAAGACGCUGAAAGACUGAGAAUCAAAGUUUGCAACGACAAUGCUGUGCUUUUUUUUUGUUUGUUGUUGUUGACUAUCAGAGGAGGAAUCUGUUGAAGGAUCUAAAUAUUUUUAGCUCACCGCAAACCUGAUGACUCCGUCCCAUCAUCGCCGCGCACCUCCAUCUAUCCGUUUAGCAUUAUGUUGUGGAGGAAUUUGGAAAGUUUGUGUCUAAAUACUUUUAAAUAUUAAAUAUUUUUACUGAACCCACUUAUGUGGCCCAAACCUAUCAAAGUACACCGUAGCGCUUUGGCUUUACCACACUUAAAAUACGUUUUUUUCUCGAUCCGUUAUUCAGAGGGCAGUGCGACGUCAUUUUGUAGGAGACAGGGUUUAAGUAACACACACAGUUAAGUCAAAGAAAUGUAUAACAAAGAAUCAGAGCAAAGAGCCUCCAAAAUCAACCUUAUUUGACUCAGCAGUGAAAGUAGAUGUGAGGGUUCCUGCUGCAGCUUAUUUUGCGUUUCAAUCUCUUAGUCAACACAAGGCCUCAUUACCUGUAAACCACAGCAGGGAUGUCGACGUUUCAGGUGAAUCAGAUCCAACCGAUUGGUUCAUUUUAGAGGCACCUGAAUGCUUCAGUGGACAAACUGGGUUAAAUCUGAAAAGGACGAUUCGUCCUCAAGUGAGAGGGUCUUUUGUAGCUGAACGUGUGGUGACACUCGUCGCGUGUUCACAGCCGGCAGGACGCAGUCUGGAAAUCCAGAAACGUCCCCCGGUGAAGAAGAAGAAGAAGAAGAAGAAGAAGACAACUGAGCUGUUUGUCAUUGCACAGAGGACGGGGGCCUCGUCCCCCUCCGACCGGUGGCAAACUCGGCGCUUCGCUCGCAGAGAUCAAGAAGCCGCCACGCGGGCGGGACACUGUGACAUUAACCGUCUUCUGGUUCCGUCCGCUCGCUGUUCCACGUGUGCCGGAAACGUGGAGCGACGGAUGUUCACAAAGACUCUUUGUUGCAGAGGAGGUCCGCUCGAAUUCAAGCGCGGCCGUCCGGUCGCAGCUGCACGUUUCCCCAGCAGACGAAGGCGCCGUGACCGUGAGCCGGUUCAAAUGGGUUUCAAUAUGUUUACAGCACCCGGGGCACCGCGUGGUCGUUUCAGUGCGGCAGGAUGUGUGUCGAUGACGCUUCUUCCCCUCCCGAAAACCAGAAAGGAUGCUGCGGCACUACGCGUGAAAACAAAUGAUGCACUGAUAUAUUUAAAAAGAAAAAAAUGAAUCUUGUUGUUUAUGAUGUUGAUUUAUGAAAAGAGGGAAAGACAGAAAGGGAGGGGACGGUGUUAUCGUUGAUUCUUUUUAACUGUUAUAACUCUGUAGAAGUACAAUUUACGGAGAUGUUUUUCAAUCUCGAAAAAGCUUAUAUGCGUCUCUUUGAAACGUAACAAUUUUAUUCACUUGGUAUAAUAUCACCUUGUUUUGUACCGUCACUGAUGUACGUGUUAUCGUUUUAUUCUUUGUUUUCUUUGUAUGACGAGAAGAAUUGUUUUUUUUCUAACUGCUUCUGUAAUUUCUUUGCUGUCUCAGAUCCAGAAAAAAAACCCGAAAAGAAAGGAAAUAUGGAAGUAAAAAAAAAAAAAGAAAUAGGAAAAAGCAGUGAGGCCUUAAGUGACUAAAAGUAUUGUUUGUACUCCGACUUCUGGUCAGCACCCAGACUCAUCCGUCUCUGUUGUCUCGGACUCUGAUCAUUGACUAUUACAUUCCAAAGAAUUGGAUCAAAUAAAUGUUUUAAGUAAAA